AUGGUAAGGGAGGAAUGGAGAGGUUUACGAGACGUGCAAUUCACGGAUAAAUUGAAGGCUUUGACAAUUCCACUAGGGAGAUGGCAUAAAGCCAAUUUUGGAGACAUGGACAAGAAGACUCUAAAGUUUACGGAAGAGAUUAAGAAGAUUGAUGACAUGGUGGGUGAAGGAAUUUAUGAUGGAACGUUGGAGGCAAGAAGGAGGGCGCUUGUAGCUUACUGUGAGAAACGCUUCGGUGAGAAGAACAACAGGAUUGAUGCAUUGGUCAUUAAUGGAAGAUUGAUAAAGAAUCAAGCUAGGAUUAAGAUUGCGAUUAGGAAUUUCUACAAGGACUUGUAUCACCAAGAGAAGUCUUCAAUGGUGGGGUUCAGAGACGGGCUGGUGGAAAUGGUCAGUGAAGAGGAUGCUUUGACUUUGGAGAUGCAACCGACCACUGAGGAGGUUAGGGAAGCAAUUUGGGAUUGUGAAUCUUCUAAGGCUCACGGAAGUGAUGGGUACAACAUGAACUUCAUCAAGAAGUGUUGGGAUGAAAUUGGUCCUGAGUUCACAGCAACGGUGUUGGAUUUUUUCCAGUCUUCUAGGCUACCAACGGAUGCCAAUCUCACCUGGGUGGCACUGGCACCAAAGUUUACGGGGGCAAAGAAAAUCAAAGAUCUCAGGCUAAUUAGCAUGGUAGGGAAUGUGUGUGUAUAA